AUGGCCACUAUCGAUAUCACUCCUAAUCAAGAUGGGGGAAUCCAGAAAAAAGUCGUUCGAGAGGGCACUGGGACCACUUCACCGGUUCCUGGAUCGACCGUAUUCGUCCACUACGUAGGAACACUUGCGGAUGGCGGUGAGAAGUUUGAUUCGAGUCGUGACCGAGGGGACGAGUUCAAAUUUACGCUCGGACGUGAACAAGUCAUCAAAGGAUGGGACCUUGGUGUCGCCACGAUGAAGAAAGGAGAACUGGCUGAGUUCAGGAUUGCGCCCGAAUACGCAUACGGCGCCUCGGGAAGUCCACCAAAAAUCCCAGCAAACGCCACGCUCAUUUUUGAAGUGGAGUUGAUUCGUUGGGAGAGUGAAGAUUUGUCACCAGACCGCGAUGGAACAAUUUCUCGUGAUGUCAUCGUCAAAGGAGAGGAGUUGGCUCAUCCAAACGAUACUAGUGACGUUGAAGUUCAUGCUGUUGGAUCUUUUGAAGGACGAGUUUUCUACGAUAAAGAUAUUACUUUUUCCCUUGGUGAGGGAUCGGAGGCUGGAUUGCCCGAGGGAGUUGACCGAGCUAUUCGUCGUAUGACUCGAGGUGAAAAAUCGAUAAUUCAUAUCAAGGGAACCCGGUUUUACAGUUUUGUUAAGGUUCCUGCAACCUGGGAAUUGACGGUUGAACAAAAACUCGAAACGGCUCAGGAGGCCAAAGAGCGUGGAACUCACUUUUUGAAAGAGGGAAAGUUCAAGCUCGCUUUGAACAAGUACAAACGAAUUGAAGACCUGCUCGAAUACGAGAGAACCGCUGACCCUUCCGUUAAAGAGAAACGGGAUGCUCUUAUGGUUGCUGCAUAUUUGAACAUUGCCCUCACACAUUCAAAGAUGAACGAAGAACUCGAAUGUAUUAAGGCUUGUGAUAAGGUAUUGGAGCUGUCGCCUGGCAACGUGAAAGCGCUUUAUCGAAAAGGGAUGGCAAAGCUCUCUUUCAGCGAUUUCGAUGAGGCUCUUACAAUCUUCGAGAAAGUUAUGGCAUCAGAGCCAGGGAACAAAGCAGCUGAACAGCAAAUUCUCAUUUGCAAGCAGAAGAUCAAAGAGUUCGAGCAGAGAGAAAAGCGGCGUUUCAAAGGACUUUUUGCCAAACUUGGAAACGAUGUCCCCGAAGAGCAGGAGCAAAAAAAUCCAUCCGAGGAGAAAGUUGGAGAAGAAAAUGCGGAGCCAAUGGAAGGCGCAUCGUCAGCU